CCCCAUAACACACAAUCAUUCAGAAUACAUCGCAAUAUAGAACACCAACCAGUGCGAUUUAAUCUAUUCAUUUGGGAAUUAACUGGGGGAGGAUAAUCCUUUACACGAUGAUCUAUGCUAUUAUUCUAGCAUUGGUUUAUAAUGGGAUCAGUGUAUCUACGACUAAUGUAGCGUCCCUCUUGACCGCCAAUAACUCAAAACUUGACAACAAAGCCAUCGCAGUAUCACCAAAGAGUUUACACCCCUCGAUUCAACAAGAAAUGAAUAUCUUGAAACAGCAGCUGAACCAGGAGGCACUCAUAAGAUUGUCGCUCACCAAACAAUUGUAUUCAGUCCUUAAUGACGUUAUUGAAAUGAAAAAAGGAAUGGGGCAGAUGGAAUCUAAGAUACACGAGCUAGAGAAGUUUAGGAACUCUACCUUAGGCGAUGAUGUUCUCGCAAAACAGUUAGUAAACUUGCAGAAAGAUCUUGUGAAUUUAACAUCAACGUGUAAAACUGCAAGUCAUGGAAAAGAAGCUAUCGCUUUCAAUGCAGUCACCUCAAAGACGCUCCUAUAUGAUAGAAAUACUCCUGUGAACAUUGUAUACGAUACUGUAAUGUACGAUACUCACGGUUCCUACAGUGCUCAAAGUGGGGUCUUUACAGCACCCUCCAAGGGUCUUUAUAUAUUUACUUGGACAACCUUGGUCGCAGCUGGUAAAAUUCUAGAUACAGAACUUAUCGUAAAAGGAAUACGAAAAGGUCUUGGCAACUGUAACAACUUAGGAAACCCUGGGUAUGAAAACUGUGCAAAUACAGUUCCUGUUGUGUUGGAGGCUGGGGAUACCGUCAAUGUCCGAUCUACUACUGGGAACUACGUCCAUGGAUAUGCAUGGUCAAGUUUCAAAGGCUGGAGAAACUGAUGGUUGUAACAGUGAUAUAUUGUGCUUCCAUUAAAGGCGCUGUGUUAUUCAUGUAUCAUUAAAUCUAUUAAAUACAGAUAUCGUUUAUUGAAUAAAGAAUAACAAAAAGUAGGUAUUUGAAAA